GAAACAUUUUUUGUUGUGAAUCAGCUUUAAGUAAAAAAAUUUAACUUUAAUACAAAUAUUUAGGAUAUUCCUUACUACAAGGGAACAGAACUUCGUCAAGCACUCCUUUACACUCUGAAAUUAGCCUUAAAGGGUGUAGUUGCUGAAGAUGUUUACGAACACUUUCUGUAUUUGAGCGUCACCUCAACUAUUCUGAUCAGCCCAAAGUAGAAAAAGUGAUCUGAAAGAAAUUCGACUCUAUCCAAACCAAACAGAUAUUAUAUACUUUUAAUGUUAUUCACUUUACAGGUUACAGCAUCUCGUGCCAUGUGUGCAGGAACUCAUGAAGCAUGUGAUUGACCUCGGCAUACAUAUCUACGGAGAGACGUACCUUACCAUCAAUGUUUAUACUCUACUCCAUCUUGUAGAUAAUUAUAAGAAAUGGGGCCCGUUGGAUAAUUCUUCAGCUUUUAUCUUUGAAUCUUAUUUGGGUUCCAUGAAGAGACUUGUUCGGAGUGGCAAGGAGCCUCUGAAGCAAGUUGUGGCCAGGCUGCAUGAGGCAAGCACUGUUCACAAGCCGAAGCUUGUUCAGCAAGAAAAUGAUAUCCCGCUGUAUACGAAACCUCCAGGGAAUGUGUAUAUUUCCCUGGAGGAAAAGAUUCCCGUUAUUCACGAGAAGCUAAGUGGAAACAGUUUCGAGGUCAUCCUCUUUGACCAGACCUCAGAUUUUUUCACUAAACCUUUUCCUUCAAGAGUGAUGUUUAAUUAUCUAGUGAAUGGUCGAGGGAGAAGAAAAGUUAUGAGCAUUGAAGAAGUGAAAGAACUAAAACUGAUAAGAGCUCUAAUGUUUAAAUCCCAUGGUUAAUGCCUUAUUCAACAGAUCCUGCACUGAUCCAAUGAUAUAGCUAAUCAAGGAUACUUUCAUGUACUGAUAUCCAGGAUACUUUCAUGUACAGAUAUUGUGGAAGACGAUAUUUUCCACCUAUAGAAGUCUUAAGAGUUCCGCCGAGCAAACCCAAAUAUAUUCAGUUGAUUUCAUGUGUUUUUCCGUACCAGGAUAUCUCCUGCUUUUGUAUAACUAUAAACUUAAAAUAUAUAGUUAUAGAACCA